AUGUAUGUCGCCAUGCAAUUUCUGAUGAAACAGUUCACCGGAAGCGGGAAGACCACUCAGACCGUGACCGAUGCAGAGGGCAAGGCCGUACAGAUUCCCGGCAAUACCGGCGAUAUCCCUGCGUACCAGCUGCGACCACAGACACUAGAUGAAGGGGCCAUAUACAACCAGAUCCCUCAGAGAAUUGCGCCCAUAUGGCCAGAGGACAGCAAGGUGGAUAUUGUUGUGACCCUUUCGCCAUCGUUUGUCCCCAGAACCAUUAGGGAUACGUCGAAGGACAUGAUCGUUCUCGAAGAACAAGGGUUCCAGAUUGGUAACUACAGCGACAAGCGAUCGAUCGACACCACGAUCAAGGUUCCGGUUUCUGUUCAGAACAAUGGCACACUUUGGGGACACUUCUACAUCGGACUUGCCGGAGCCCAGCUCGAUCCUACCGAGUCGCCGUACGACCCGGCUUCUGCGUACCACUUCGUCUACCCCUUGACACAGUACAUCGCGAAGAAGAAAGUCACAAAGACGAGAAACCUGCUUGGGAGUAAGGACGCAGCCGACGCGGAGGAGCAUGAGCAGGAGCAGGAAGUAGAGGAACGGCAGACUGGGCCUGUUGUCGGCAACUAUUACCACCCAAACACGACGCUCUCCUUGAUCCCGAAUUCCGGUGUCAUGGCUUUCCCUCAGGUCCACCCUGCUGUGCGCCAAUUCGUGCAGCUCGAGGCCACGGGCGCUCGAGAUGGCUCCGGACAGAACUCUUGGUACUAUCCUAUCGUGUUCGUCAAUACCUUCUGGCAGCUGAAGAGCCACAUGACGCUGCUUAACGACACUGUUGAGACGCUGCCGCUGCAUAUCGACCUCGGCAACCUCGCCGAUUGGAAGUUUAAGAUCAUGGCGACCAUGGAACUGAGUUCCCGCGAGACUGCCCGGCAGGCUGCCUACGGAAACGCCAUGCCUGGCGGAGGUGAUGGCACCGAAAUCGACAUGGUUAAGGAGAUCCUACUGGACACGAACCCAAUCCUUCUCAGUGUGACGAUCGUAGUGAGCAUCGCUCACAUCAUACUGGAGACGCUGGCGUUCGGCUCGGACAUCGCACACUAUCGCAAGAAGAAGGACAAUGUCGGCAUCUCGGUGCGAUCAAUCCUCGCCAACGUGUUCAUGCAGCUCGUCAUCUUCCUCUACUUGGUUGACCAGUCCCAGAACACGAGCUGGAUGAUCCUGGGCUCGCAGGGCAUCGGUAUCCUCAUUGAAUUGUGGAAGGUCACGACGGUGGUCAACGUCCGCGUGCGGCCCGCCCCGGCCGGUUCCUUGAUCCCAUACCGCAUCUCCUUUGAAGACAAGCACAAGCUGAGCGAUACCGAGGAGAAGACCAAGGAAUACGACGAGAUCGCCUUCAAGUACAUGUACGUUGGCGGCGUCCCGCUGCUGGUCGCGUAUGCCAUCUACUCGUUGUUCUACGACACUCAUAAGUCGUGGUACUCGUACAUCAUCACGACCCUGGUCGGAUCCGUCUACGCCUACGGCUUCCUGAUGAUGAUUCCGUCUCUCUACAUCAACUACCGUCUCAAGAGCGUGGCGCACAUGCCCGCGAAGGCCAUGAUGUACAAGUUCCUGAACACCUUCAUCGACGACCUGUUCGCCUUCACCAUCAAGAUGCCCCUCCUGCAUCGCCUGGCCACGCUCCGGGACGAUGUCAUCUUCUUUGUGUACAUCUACCAGAGAUGGGCGUACAAGAUCGACUACACUCGCGUCAAUGAGUUCGGACAGGGAGGCGAUGACGAAGUCGAGGAGGAGAAGAAGAGUGAGGGCAAGGCAUUGCCUGCUCCGGCUGCCGUCGCCGCGGAGAAGGGGAACACCGCCAAGAAGGCCACGGGUGUGGACGGUGGGAAGGCCACGAAGAGGAGGGAGGUAGUAGGUGCCCACCCACCUUCUAUAUUUCUUGGAGGCCGCCCAAAUCCCCGGGACCACCCGCCGCCGGACCUCUCGAAAAAGAAACUUGGCUACAUGAGUGAUGACGACACCGUCGGCACCCUCCUGGCCGGCAUCGCCGCGUCGCUCGGCGGCGCGCUGCGCGUCUUCACCCUCGCCGACAAGCGCCAUUGGGGCCCAGACGAGGACGACCAGUUCCGCGCCCUCGAGGCCGCCCUCGACGAUGCGAAGAAGGACUUCCAGGAGAUGGGUCCGCUGCUGAAUGGCCAGUGCUACUAUGAGAACGACCGCAGGCGCGACUCCCUCGACGAGCUCCGCGCCCUGCGCACCAGGUUCGAUCUCCACGCCCAGACGUUCAAGGACUGGGCCCGGGCGGGCGGGCCCAUCAACCCGCUGUGGGUGCGCGAGACGUCGGCGCUCCGCAGGGAGCUGCACCGCGCCCAGUGCCGCGCCGCGAGGCGCGUCUUCAACACCGAGCAGGACACCGCCGCCCGCUGCCUCGGCGCCUUCCUCGUCUUCCGCCAGCAGCGCCGGGUCGAGCGGGAGCGCGGGCGCGAGCGGGAACGCGAGGCCCACGGCGAGCUGCCGCGAUGGCGACAGCACCUGGAGAGCCUGGUCCCAGCGUGCAACGCCGUAGGCACGUUCCAGCGGUUCGGCGAGAGGGACAUCGCCUUCGCGUGCGACUACUGCGACGGGUUUAUCGUGUGGGAGGACGUGGCGGCCAUGCCGGCGACGAGGCGACCGCUCCUGCCGGGGGACGCGCAGCCGAACUGGCAGGCGGCGGCUUCACGGGCGUCGGAGGAGGAGGGGGAGGAGAAGAAGACGAUCGUGUUCGCGCCGGUGGCGAUUGCGAACCACAUGGCGCCCCCGCGGGGCCACUGGCUGGCGCGCCUGACGUGCCCGUACUGCGAUCAGUACACGUACGUCGACCAGGGGUACGACGGCGAGGAGGAGCUGAGGUAUGCGCAGGACGAGGCCGGGUUCCCGGACCUGCGGGCCUUCCAGGAGCACCUGGAGUGGCAUCACACUUCGCUGUCUGUGCCCCUGUCGGUGCCGGCGUUGGCUGCUACCGCGUCGAAAUGCACCAUCAUGUAA